AUGUUUUUUACAAAAUUUUUAAUAAAAGAUUAUAAUAGAGCAGAAGAAUGUGACGAUGGUGAUGAUGUUACAAUUGAUAUUUUUGUAUCAAUUUGCAAAUAUCUUGAUUCUUACGAAUUGUUAAAGUUAGAAUGUGUUUGUACAAAAUUCUGUGACUAUUUACGUUCAAAACAAAGAGAUUACGCUAAAUUAUUGUGUAUUAAAAAUGGAUGUCAAAAAUGUAGAGAAGUUAAUGACGUUUGUGUUUAUUUUAUACCAAGAGUACGUCUUUGUAAACCUUGUUUAGCACAAAAUAAGGAUUUUAUUGAUUGUAAUAAAGAUAUUUUAAAAGCAAUUCCUACAGUAUGCCAUCAAGACCCUUGGGGAAAAGGAGAAAAACACUAUUGGAAACUCGAUUAUUAUAGAAUGGAGAAAUUGUUUGAAUUGUCAGGCGAUGAUGAAAAAAAAUCCAAAUUACUUGAAGAGAAAGAAAAAGAAUCAAAGUUAAUAAUUAAAGAUGACGAGGAAAGACAUAACAAAAUAAUGAAAAAGAUCAUCAUUAUGAACAAUAAAGAGAAAGAAGAUACUAAUAUAAUAAAUUCACAUGAUAUUGAAGAAACUGAACAACUAAUGAUAGAAUUAGCUACCAGGUUAUCAUUAGGUGAAACUGUAAAUCAUUAUUUGUUCUCAAACGGGGAAAACGAAAUUGAAAGUGAUGAUAAUGGACCUAAUAACGACGACACCGAAUCUAUUUUAAGAAAUUCAUAUAUGAAUUUUACUUCUUUAUUUUCCAAUGAUGAUCAUUUUCCAAAUCCUGAUGACUCUGAUCUAACACCACCAGGAACAAUUAUGCAAUUACCAUCAAUAAGCAAUAUUAUUAAUGAUGAUGUUUCUCCAUUUGGUCAUUUAAAUUUUGGCGGAGAAUCCUCAAUUACUCUUGGGCUUUUGUAUAGAGGCUUGUCCUUGUCACCUAGAAAACAACGACAAAAGUUCAUUUUAUCUUGUCUAAAAGAUAGAACACGAACAUAUCAACGAUCACCAUCAAACAACUCUAUUGAGAUAUGGCAUCCUAUCUAUGAAUUUCUUGAUUUACUUCCAUCAUUUAUAAAUCCACAAUUUUUCAUUGUCAAUAAUAAGAAUUGGGUGAAUAAACAUAUUGUACCUAAACUUUUACAAGAAGCAACCAACGUACAACGAAAAGCUAAGUUAGUUGGUGGUCCUGGUCAUAUCACAACAGUUAAAGGUGCUUUGAAUCAUGGCAAAUUAAAGGAUUCGCCUGUAUUUUUUUGUGUUCUAUCACAUCAAGAACAAGCGAUACGAGAAACAAGAACAUCAAGAUACAAUAAACCGAUGGCAAAAAUAACAGCUCUUGAUCAUUUAUCAUUGUCACAACGUAUGAUGCGAAUUUUCAAAGGAAUGCCACCAGAAGGUUAUCCGUUGGCUAUAGUUAUUGUUGGAGGAUUAAGCGGCGGUGUAUUUGCACUUACACACAGUUAUUUGAAACAUCGAAAAUUGUCAAGAAAUUUAGAUUAA